ACAUCACCUUUGGCGCGCCGUCAGGUACCUAGGCUCGCUAGGUUACCUCUACCUAGAGGAGAGGAGAGGAUGUGAUGAGGUCGCCUUCCGGCUGGCUGUCCGAGACAUGAUUCCCGUAAAACAGUUUUCGUACCACCUUGUUACGCUAUCCCCCGAUAACCAUGGCGAAACGACCUGUCCGCAUCGCUAAUUGCUCGGGCGCUCUGACCGACCCGGGCGACCAUAUGUACAACCAAGCCAAGUACGGCGAGGUCGACUUCAUCACGGGUGACUACCUGGCCGAGCUUAAUAUGGCCAAUGACGCCGAGGCCUACAGGAAUGGGCAGCACCCUGGGUGGAUGCCGACCGCGUGGGACGGCCUUUGCAAGUCAGUCGAGAUCCUCAAGGAGAAGAGGAUCAAGGUCAUCAUCAACGGAGGAUGCCUGAACCCGCGCGGACUAGCCGAGAAGACCCACAAUCUAGUUCAAGAGAAGAAGCUGAACUUGAAGGUAGCCUAUGUUGAGGGCGACGACUUGCUACCACGCGUUCAUGAGCUUAUUGACAAGCAAGAGCGUCUAAAGCACUUGGACGCGGAGAACCCUGAGGUCACACUCGUCCAAGGCACUAAAGACUUCUUGAAGAGUCCCGGCAGCAACAUGGUUGUCUCCGCCAACGCAUAUCUCGGCAUCCGUGCGAUCAAGCGCGGCCUGGAGGAGGGGGCAGAUAUUAUCAUCUGCGGCCGUGUCUCAGACGCCUCGCCCGUCAUGGCCGCCGCAGCCUGGUGGCAUGGCUGGCCAGACUCGGCCUACGACGAACUCGCCGGGUCUCUGAUCGCGGGACACCUAAUCGAAUGCUCUACAUACGUUACCGGCGCCAACUUUGCUGGCUUCUACAAGUACGACAUCAAAGAUCUGCUCAACCUCGGCUUGCCGAUUGUCGAGAUUGACUCCAAGGGCGAAUGUGUCGUCACCAAGCACGAGGCUUUGCCGGGCUUUGUCACGGAGGAUACCGUCAAGUGCCAGCUGCUGUACGAGCUUCAGGGCAACAUCUACCUGAACAGCGAUGUAAAGGCCGACAUCACCCACAUCCAGGUCAAGGAAGAGUCCAAGAACCGUGUUCACGUCAGCGGUGUCAAAGGAUACCCGCCGCCUCCGACCACCAAGUUUGCCGUCUUCUACAAGGGAGGCUUCCAGUGCGAGAUCACCAUCAACGCGACGGGCUACGCCACAGCGAAGAAGUACGAGCUUCAAGAGGCGCAGGUCCGCUCCAAGUUGCAGGAAUGGGGCCUGCUCGAGCAGUUCGACACGCUUGACUUCCAGCGGAUAGGCGUCCCUGCGGAGAACCCUCGGUGCCAGCUCGAGUCGACAACGUCUCUCCGCAUCUUUGCACAGGCCAAGGAUGCCGCCACGCUCGGCAAGCUCGCACAGGCCUGGACGUACAAUGGCAUGGCCCAUUUCGCGGGCAUGCACAGCACUCUCGACAUGCGCCAGCUCCGGCCGAUCCCCUUCAACGCCUACUGCCCAGCCAUUGUCGAGCAGAAAGAGCUUGAAGAGAGCAUCAAUAUCAUCAUCGACCCCUCGACCCACAAAGUAAAGAAGCUUGUCGUUGGCCCGCCGCAAAAGACCGAGCGCCUCGCCGCGCGCGACAACUACGAGACGUCCAAUCCGGUGGACUUGGCGAGCUUCGGCCCCACCGUUGACCGCCCGCUCGGGGACAUCGCGCUCGCCCGCUCGGGGGACAAGGGUGCCAACGUCAAUAUUGGCAUCUUGGUGCACACCGCAGAGGAGUGGGACUGGUUACGCUCGUUCAUGACCCGCAAGAAGAUGCAGGACCUUAUGGGCACCGACUGGAAGGACUGGUACUUUGUGGAGCGCGUCGAGAUGCCGCUUAUCAAGGCCGUGCAUUUUGUCGUCUACGGUCCCCUGGGUAGAGGAGUCAGCAGCUCUCGUCUGCUGGACGCGCUGGGCAAAGGAUUCGCCGAGUUUAUUCGAGCGGUGCGUGUUCCUAUUCCAAAGAAGUUCUUGAAUCUUUAAAGUACAGGUAGGUAGAAGAAUGUAGGUAGUGUACGGAAGUGGCAAAGCAAAAAUAGUUUUAAUGCCAUCGCUGUAGCUUUCGUCCUCUAUACCUACUCAUCAAUCACAACAGUGUGAGG